GUUUACUUUAGUGACCGAUUGCGGCACACGGUCAAGCAGGCGCUAUCGCGACUGAUGUUCAUUUGCUUUUUUUGCAAGAUUUUUUCCUGAAGUUAAACGCACGCUAUGCAAUGAUUGAAACGUCCCUGCAUAAAAGAAGAGGUUUAAAUAUUGCCAUUCUGGCAGGGCUUUCGUUCGUCUUCUUGCAUGAAGUUCCCGUAGCGCAGGGAGUGUGGCCAAUGCCACAGAAGAUUAGCCAGUCCUCUCAGCGGUUCCCGCUGAGUCCAGAGGAAUUCGCGUUUCAGUAUGCAAAGGAUUCGGCUGCGCAGCCGGGAUGUUCUGUCCUGGAUGCAGCGUUCAAGAGAUAUUUCACACUCAUCUUUCCGGGUUACAGCGCACCUUCAACAUCCACCUUCAGGGUGGAUCCCUUCACACUGGUGGUGAAAGUGCAAGCAGGGGGGUGUGAGGAAUAUCCUGACGCAGAUUCCGUGGAGAGCUACAGCCUGGGAGUAUCUGGAGGCCAGGGAGUGCUGACAGCAGAAACAGUCUGGGGAGCCUUGAGAGGGUUGGAGUCAUUCAGUCAGCUGGUUUACCAAGACGAAUAUGAUGCUUAUUACGUCAAUAAGACGGAGAUUGUGGACUUUCCCCGGUUCCUGUUCAGAGGAAUUCUCCUAGACACCUCAAGACACUUUUUACCUGUAGAAGUCAUCCUGAAGUCCCUGGAUGCCAUGGCAUACAGCAAGUUUAAUGUGUUUCAUUGGCACAUUGUGGAUGAUCCUUCCUUCCCCUACCAGAGCCUCAGUUUUCCAGACCUCAGUGAAAAGGGUGCAUUCCACGCAGCCACCCACGUGUAUACCCAGGCGGACGUUCAGAGGGUGAUCUCACACGCCAGGAUGUGGGGAAUCAGGGUUCUGCCUGAGUUUGACACACCGGGCCACACCCAGUCCUGGGGUAAAGGGCAGCCUGACCUGUUGACCCCCUGCUACAAAGGUGCAGUUCCCUCUGGGACAUUUGGUCCAGUCAACCCCACCCUGAACUCCACCUACCAGUUCAUCACCCGCCUGUUCAAAGAGAUCAAUGCUGUCUUUCCUGACUCCUACAUACACCUGGGUGGGGAUGAAGUCAGCUUCUUCUGUUGGAAGUCCAAUCCUCAAGUUCAGGCGUUCAUGGCAAAGAUGGGAUUUGGGAGUGACUACACUAAACUGGAGUCAUUCUACAUGGAGAACAUAAUGAACAUCACUGCGGCACUGAACAAGACAUCUGUUGUCUGGCAGGAUGUGUUUGACUACCACGAGAGAAUCCCUCGGGACACGGUGCUGCAUGUUUGGAAGGGCACCACGGCACAGUACCGCCAGGAGUUGAGCAGGAUGACUGAGGCAGGGUACAGGGUGCUGCUGGCCACCCCCUGGUACCUCAACCACAUCAGCUAUGGCCAGGACUGGAAGGAUGCCUACACUGUGGAGCCUCUCAACUUCACAGGGACGGAAGAGCAGAAGAAGCUGGUGAUUGGUGGAGAGGUCUGCAUGUGGGGGGAGUAUGUGGAUGCAACCAAUCUCACGCCACGAUUAUGGCCGAGGGCGAGUGCGGCUGCCGAACGGCUCUGGAGUGAUGAGGAGCAGACGUCCAGCGUGUCCGAGGCCUAUCCCCGGCUAGCAGAGUUUCGCUGCAGGCUGCUGAGGCGUGGGAUUCAAGCAGAGCCUCUGUAUGUUGGCUACUGUAAGCACGAGUUGAAGGCUCUGUGACGGGGAUCUGGGAAGAUUGGCAAGAGGGACACAAUUAAGGGGGACAAAGACACAUGUAUAUUCAA